AAAAUUGACGGGCCUUUUGAUUGAUUGAUUUUAUUUUCCAAACUUUUCUUCUAUUUUUUAAAGAAACUCAAUAAAUCACAAUUGGUACGGUUAUUUUAUGAAAUAUACUUUCUCACCUCACCUAACGAAAUUCUUUAUUUUUCUAUCAAUUAUGGCUAAUAAGGAGUUUGCGCUCAAUAAUUUGUGAUUAUGUCUGCGCGUAAUUAUUUAUCGGCCCGUGAAAAGAGUAUCAACAGAUACAUUGAUUCCUUGCCGCAUAUAAAUUCGCAGAAGUUUAAUUACCGUUCUGAGCUGCCUGCUCUAUCGGCUAGCAAGAAUAAUCUUGUAAAUCGUAAUUUAAACUAUUCUUUCGAAGUGCCCUAUCGCUUGGGCAGUGCUGAGAGGCCUACUACUCCAUUUUCAGACUUCUAUUCGGAAAGUGAGACAGGAACCCCAGAUUUUCGCAGUGAAGAAAGUGACAGCAGUGCGGGCUCAGCAUUAUUAAGGAGCACAGCAGAAGCCACGAGGACCUUGGCGGCAGAGUGGGAGAGGAUAGAGCGGACUCUGUACAAUGAGGAAGGGGAGAAAAGCAAUCGGCCACAGAUCAUUGAGGAGUGCAAGCAGUGGCGGCAGUUGCAUCCACAGCUUAGGGUCAUCGGCAAAGCUAUUUCGCUACCAGAAAAGCGAUCAUCAUUCAGAGGAAUCGAACAUGACGAGGUAAUAGCUAUGCACUAUAGUGACUACGAAGAAUUCAGUGAAAGCGAGGAGCGCCUGUCUCAGAGCAGCACCGACGUGACACCUCAGAACUCCCCAAGAAUAUCCAUAGAAAACCUGAGUGAGACCAAAAUGCAGCGUGAAAAGGUAAAUCUAUUUUCUAUGUUUGGAGACGAGCACGAGCUUCCUGACUCAUUUUGCUCGCUCCUACACAUUACACCGAUACAAAUACGGAGUCCUUUACAAAGGAAACGACAGAAUCCUUUUAUAAAAUCGGAAAUCGCGUCGUCACGCUGGAUGCGAAACUCGCGACCCGAAUCAUCGGUAAACUAUGAUCGCAACAGUGCAAAAUCGUUUGUAUCUUUGGAUCCAUCCAAUUAUGCUACGGCUAUGAGCGCUUCGGAGCGCAAAAACGGGAUAAAUGGCAGAGUUAUCACGGCGAAGAGUAGAGAUUUGGCCAAAUUGGAGCCGCUACACACUCCUGAGUACUAUGACACUCACAGGUUACCCAGUGCGUUUGGCCAACAUAAUAAUGUGAGAAAGGUUUCGCUUCCACCGUUAUUACUUGAGGAAGAAAAACGGAAAGUUAGUACAGGGAAAAAACAUAUGAAAACGAGGAAAUCAUCAAAACAUGUGUAUAAUUUGGACAGGGUUAAGUAACAAAUGAUCUCAAUGUAAAGGAAAACUGUGACGGAUAUGGUGAAACUAAGUUAACGUACUAUUCUGGUGAGUGAAUUAUAAGUGUAUUGAAUUUUUUUAUGGUGUUUAAUAAAUAGCUUAUUUACUGUCUGGUAUACUGCUGGCAAAUGUUUAUUUUGCUGACUAGAAGCUGGUUGCUGUUUCAAGCAAGGUUUGUCAAUGCCAAUGUCGGAUUUUAGAAAUUCGGACGUGAGGAUGUUCCAAGAUUUGACAUUUGAGUUGCCGGCGCAUUUGAUGCAAUCAUUAAAUUAUCAUAUUUUUUGAUAACAUUCUUUAUAACCAAUGGCACCAUCUUGCCUAUCAGAAGAUUUUUUCAAUGAAAAGUCAGAAUUCAAUAUUGAGAUGCGUGGUAGACUUUCACAGUUUGGGUUGGAUAGCACAAAUAAUUUAGAAAAUGUACCUACGAGUGAGUGGUCUAGUUUUACUCUGGAAGUUAGUUGACUAUGGAGGUGAAUGUAGCAGUAUUAUUAAUUUAGUAUUAAAAUGUGUCUAGUCAAUUACUGCUGUUAAGGUUUGCGACUGUGCCUUUGAACUAUUGAUAUAAUGUUGUUCAUUUGUGUGUACUAAGGGAGUGCCUUAGUUUCUCAAAGUUUUGUUGACUCCUUGUGGAGAACAUAUCAGAAUGAAAUAUAUAUUUUUAAAUUUAAAAA